AUGGUUGAUGUUCUAAGCCCUUUCACAAUCCCAUCUCCUCCACCACCACCAUCUUCUUUAUCAAACAAAAACAAUAGCAUACCUAUGUUAUACUAUGGUCUAGUAGUGAUGGGAAUUGCAGCUAUAGUCCUAGCAAUUUACAACAUCAUCAUAAUAAAACGUUGCAAUAGAAACCACAAUCAAUUAUCACAACCUACAAGAACAAAUAUUGAAGGAGGUGCAAAUAGUAAUAAUAAUAUGAGGUUUGAAAACCAACAAAGGAACUUGCUUUCAAGCUUCAAGUACAAGAAGGAAGUGAUAGCAAAAGAAGAAGAACAAAAGGGUUAUUAUGAUUAUGAAUGUUCUGUUUGCUUAAUGGUUUAUGAAGAAGGUGAAGAUGUUAGGAAAUUACCUAAGUGUAAACAUUGUUUUCAUGCUCUUUGUAUAGAUAUGUGGCUUUUUUCUCACUUUGAUUGUCCAAUUUGUAGAACACCUGUUGGGCCAUUUUGUCAUGAUUUUCAAGAAGAAAAUUCUAGGGAUGGGUUGAUUGAAUCUGGUGGGAGCAUCAAUGUUUGA